UUCAGAGCGCGUCCCCGAGUGCGUCGACUGCACCGAAUACGUUUCCUCAGCUUUCUCGUGUGUCACCGUGUCGCGGCGGGUGCUCGACCGCCGUCGUCUUCACGGGCACUCGCGUCGUCGUACACCUUUGAGGAGAAUCCGGAGAUCGAGUGUUGUGUGUCGGUCGUGAGGAUUCAUCGCGACGUGUGACAUCGGUACGUGCCGUAAAAACGGUUACGCGAUCAAGGAAGCGAGAGAGAAUAACGGAAAAACGGUCAACGGCGACGUGUAGAAGUACACUCUCGCUGUGCUCGCAGCGCUCAUGUGUGAGUGUAUGUGUGCGUGCGCGCGCGCGUACGACGGUUGACGUGUGAGCGCGUAGAAGUGAGAGAGAGCGAGAGAGAGCGCGCGCGUGUGAGAGGCGGCGGCGAAUUGCGGGAGAGAAGAGGAGAAGAGAGGAGAGGAGAAGAGAAGUGGGAAGUGUGUCGCGCGCGCGGACGCACCGUCGUCAUCGGCAAGGAAGGUGCCCGGAAGUCGCUUUCUGCUCGCGCGAGUAUCUGCCUGCGAAAGAUAGGUAGACUGAUAGAAGGAGAGAGGGCAAUCGCGCGGGUGGGCGAGGUAUCCCGAUAGGAGAAGGUAGAGAGGGAAAAAGAGAGAGAGAGACAGACGACGAAGAGGAAGAGUCGGGUCAAGAAGAAAGAGGUGAUCCAUCAGCUUGGGUGCGCGAGUUCGUAUCCGUGAGACGAGGAACGAGAGCAAGUUGUGUGUCUCGUAGAAAGAGAGAGGAAGAGAAAGAGAGAGAGAGAGAGAGAGAGAGCCAGUGACGAGGAGGAUUGCGUCGCGGACGAGGAAUGUGAGAAGCGACUGAGCGGUGCCGUGUAAACACGCGUCUCGACGCGAGGAAAGGCGAGGCAGCCCACCAGCGACGUCGUCGUCGUCGCAGCGUUCGAUGUCGUUGGCUUCUUUCCCGUCAUCACUCUUGUCAUCACCGUCAUCAUUCGUAGUAUUAUCGUCAUUAAACAUCGACGUUGCUCGCCAGUGAAGAAGCAGCAGCCCCGAGAUCCUGGUUGCAGCUCAGUAUCGUCGCAGCUCUCGGCAACUGCUGGAGCUCGCGAGGUUGCUGCGGCAUCGAUCAUCAACACCGACACUGCCGACACGCGUAUGUGAAUCCGCAUCACAAAUGACAGUGUACCGGACUGCGGGCGGACAAGCGGGGUGCUGGCUAGACUCGUUGCCGUCGUCUUCGUCGGUUUAGCGGACAAAGAGCGGCACGAGAUGCAUCGAAGGGUGGGAUACAAGAAUUAUGACGGCAAGAUCGCCGGGCUCUACGACCUGGAAGAGACCCUCGGCCGCGGUCACUUCGCCGUGGUGAAACUGGCGCGGCACGUCUUCACCGGAGAGAAGGUCGCAGUGAAGGUCAUCGAGAAGAGCAAGCUCGAUGAAGUCUCGAGGGCGCACCUCUUCCAAGAGGUGCGGUGCAUGAAGCUGGUGCAGCAUCCCAAUGUCGUGCGACUGUACGAGGUGAUAGACACGCAGACGAAGCUAUACCUAAUUCUAGAACUCGGCGAUGGCGGGGACCUCUAUGAUUACAUCAUGCGCCACGACAGCGGCCUCAGCGAGGAGGUGGCGAGGACUUACUUUCGACAGAUAGUCCGGGCCAUAUCAUAUUGCCAUCGGCUGCACGUGGUGCACCGGGAUUUAAAGCCCGAGAACGUAGUGUUCUUCGAGAAGCUCGGCACGGUGAAACUCACGGACUUCGGAUUCAGCAAUCGAUUCUGCCCCGGCCAAAAGCUCGAGACAUCGUGCGGCUCGUUAGCUUAUUCCGCCCCGGAGAUACUUCUGGGUGAUAGUUACGACGCCCCCGCAGUAGAUGUUUGGUCGUUAGGUGUAAUACUGUACAUGUUAGUAUGCGGUCAAGCGCCAUUUCAAGAGGCGAACGACAGCGAGACGCUGACGAUGAUCAUGGAUUGCAAGUAUUCGAUCCCGGCGCACGUGUCCGACGGCUGCAAGCGAUUGAUCGCGAAGAUGCUUGUGCGGGAACCCGAGGGCAGAGCCUCGCUGGAAGAGAUCGCGGCGGACCCGUGGCUGGCGAUCGGCUCGGAUUCCGACACUAUGGAGACGUUGCCGCUCGUGUCGCGUCAGCAAGUCUCCGACGACCAUCAUAAUCAUAUAAUCGCCAAAAUGGUGAAAGGUGAAAUCGCCACCAAGGAGGAGAUCUUGGACGCGCUCGACAAGAAUGAAUACAACCACAUCACCGCGACGUAUUUUCUGCUGGCGGAGAGGAAGCUGCGCGCUCAUCGGCAAGAACAAAUGCAGAAAGCUCGACCAGAGAAUUUGGAUGUCUCUCCGAGUCGGCAAGAUGACUUGACGACAAAUCUGCGUACGGAUCAGAACUCCUUGGGCACCGUAAGCCAGUCGCUAUUGAGCGUACCACGAACGCCUGGUGACGUACCGCAGAACGUACGUACGCGAAAGUGCAGUAUCGUCCAAGAGGAAGAAGACGAGGAUGACGUGUCCUCGUGCUCCGGCCGAGACGAACGCGGCAGUAAUUCGGCGUUGAACUCCUUCAAUCGUCGCGGCUCUCGUUCCGAGGGCAAGCUCUCGCAUAUCCUGCAGGAGAAGUUGUCGCAACUGCCGGAGAAGCAUAGCGGCAUGAAACCCGCUGUGCAAGGCCAACGGCAUCCGCAUCAGAAGGAAGACGCCGCCGUUAUCUCUGACAGAGGGGAAAGACUGAAGCAGAGCGCGAGAAACGAGAAAGAUAACAAGAUGUCAUCGCCGGCACAUCCGAAGAGCAAAAUCCAGACGAGCGAGGUCCUUCUGGAAGAACUGCCCAUGCCGUGGAUCACGACGACACGUGAGGAGAAUCUGAAGAACCUAUUGAGCGAUGCGAAUACUCAGUCAACGGGGUGGGCUAGGAAAGCUACCGGAACGGAAGUUAGGCCGAAACUGGUAACGGAGUGUCUGAAGUCAACCGGACAUGUACCGAUAAAUAAGUGGAAGUCGGGCACGCAGCAUCAUCGGUCCAGCUUGCCACCUACAGAAUUGUCGACGAAUCCCUCGAAACCGUCCGAAGCAGCUACGACGACUACCACUACAAUUCUGUUGGAAUCGUCGACUGUGUCGAUACCCCUUCGUCCGAUUAGCGACAAUCAGUUGACGUUGAUACCCAAAUACAAGACCAUGCCGUCGCCUAGCAGCACGAACUCUCCUAGUCCACAAAUCACGCUCAACGAAAUCCUGGAAGACGGAGACGGCAUGCAGAUGCAGGCGAGCGAAUGUGGCGGCUCAACAGCGGCUAAAUGUCGCGUAGUCAGACGAACAACAUACGAGCAGCGCAGGAGCAAGUUCCACAAAACGCGCACAACCUCGUGCUCGAGCUCGGACGCCAGUGACGACGACAGCGAGAGCAGAAAGAAGCGAGCGCACAAACUCGGCGCGUCCACGGGUAAACCCUUGCCGCCAAGACGCGACAGUCACGACGACUCGAGCGACUCGCAAGAUCCAGGAGGAAGCGGUGGCGGUAGAGGCGGUGUAGGUGGCGGAGGUGGUAGCGGCGUGAGUAACGGCGAGCACACAACGACCGACACGCCGACGACAACCGAGAACAAUCGGAACGACAGCGGUAGCGGCACUAAUACAACGACAACGACAACUGGCGGCAGGCAUCGAUGCACCGAAAACCAGAGCAUGUUCGGCAGAAGGCAUCGCGCCGGCCGAAGAAGAGCCGGUGAGACGCGACUGCGAGAGAGUCAAUCGUUGAAUCGUAUCACCGAGGUCCAAGAAGCCGAAGCGCCCUCAUCAUGUUAUAAUCACUGUCACAUGUCGCGUAACUCGACCGUCCUUGGCACACAGAACAACGUCUCCUCGCCAUCGUCAUCAUCAGUGUCGCAGAGCAGCACAGCCUCCCAUAGCGCCUCCGCCACUCAGCCUACGUCACAAGUGACGACUACGGUGCAAAAGGCGAAAGGUCUCGGGGCAAGAUUGUUGCAGAGCUGGUCGCUCGGUACCGGUAAGACGCAACACGCCUCGAAACACUCGUCAUCGUCCGCUCACAGUGUCGACGGGAAGGCUAACAACUGUCAACGGCAAUUGGGCGGCGGGAACGCCGUCGACGAUCGUCGAUCAGCGGAUCACAAGUGCAUGAAUCAAUCCACGGUGUGCAACGACAAGGAGAACCGCAACGCGUCGAUGAACCGGAACGAGUGUAAGAGCAGGAAGAUCCGGUUAUUGAGCCGUUACUUCGCUGUGCACAAAAAGCUUUGCGUGCCACUGCCAGGUAUUUUCGGCAAAGGACGUCUUUACAAGGCGCGCUCAUGCGGCAGCAUCACCCGCGACCGUGUGAGCCCACCGUCGCCCAAGUCGAUGCUGCUGUGCCCGCCAGCGGAAGACAAGUGGCGGGAACGUCAGCAAUGGUGUGACGCGAAGCAGCACCGCGGCAGCGAUGGUGACAUCAAUCAGAACCUAGGCCUGGCGCAUCUCGUGCAGGAGAGCAUCGUAGGUAAGGGCUGCGCCGGCAUGCCCACAGUGUGCCACAUUCAUCUCGGGGACGCUUCCAAGUGUUGCAGCCUUUGUUGAUGAAUCGCUCAUCGUCGCAGACGAGAACGCGGGAACUCGGGCGCGCGUGAAUGCGUAUAAGAUACGAAAGACGCGAGAGUUGCACUAGGUAAGAAACAAGAAUCGUUUCCGGUGCCAGUGACGUAGCCGAUACGGCUUGCGCGCGUGUAAAGCUUUUUUCGCGAAGAACCUUUUCGUUCGUUAUGUAUCAUUUCCAGCGAAAUAGUAUAUAUAGAGAGAGAGAGAGAGAGAGAGAGAGAGAGAGAGAGAGAGAGAGAGAGCGAGAUGAAGAAAGAUACAUAUUCUUCGCGACGUUGAUGCGCGAUCGAGAAAGAUCUGAUUUUUAUUUUUCUUUUUCUUGGAGAAUCCGCAAUUUGAAACACCGCGCGCCUCUGAAACAACGCGUGACGAGAGCUGUCGCUCACAGUGGCUAACGAUUACCGUAUUUCUAAGCGCGAGAUCGCACUCGUGUCCCUGUAUAAACAACCUCACUCUGUAAGCAAUACAGCGUGCAUGCGUGUCGAUGAUCAGCAAUACAGAAAAGCUCCAGUAUUUUUUUCUUUUUCUUGUUCAUUGACGACGAAAUUUACGUAGUUAGUUUAGAACACACGUUGAUGCACGUGCGGUAACGGUUAGCCACGAAAUCAAGAGUUACAUGACUCCGGUCUGCCAUCGAUGUAUUUGACUGAUCACAUCAUAUCCCCGUUGGUCAACUAUCGAGCAUACAAGGAUUAAGGCGAGAGCAAAAGAGAGCAAAAGGAGCGCGUCGAUCUGUCGCUCGCUCCGAGAGAAGGUGUAUCUAGUCCAUAUGAACAAACCUGUAUUAAAUAUUGCAGAGUUUAUGAUAUAAUUAUAUUAUAUAUUAUUAUAUAUUAUUAUUAUAUUAUACCACACUACACACACUAUACUACUACUGCUAUUACUACUAUUACCGUUAUUACUAUUACGAUCGCUAUUAUAAUCGUGAGAUCAUCAUCACUAUCACGAUUAUCGCUAUUGUCAUCAUCAUCAUCAGCAUCAUUGCCACGUUCGCCUCCAUCGCCAUAUAGCUAUCUCUCUUCUUCGUGAAUAUUUAUAAUGCAGAGAAACCCAAGUACAGUGUAAUAACGCAUAAUGCGUCGCUGACGCAACUAGCGAUCGACAAGUACGAAAUCGCACAGUGUCGAACAGUGUCUUCCUCGUCCUACUUUUUUGUCGAUUCCUCCCUUUUCGUUCAUACUUUCUUCUCCUCUGCCUCAUUGCUCGUUCUUCUCCUCCUCCUUCUUCUCCUUCACCAGAUAGCAUUGCCUUUACGAAGCUUCCUCGUUAACUCGUUAACUUAUUAAGACGGAGAACACAUAGUUUCCGAAUGGCGAUUGACUAUAUAUAUCUAUAUAUAUAUAUAAAUAAAUAUAUAUAUAUAUAUAUAUAUAUAUAUAUAUAUAUAUAUAUUAACAAUUAACCGAACGGAUAUGCGAGCAUUGGCCCCACGGCGCAACAGCCUGAGUCGCGUUUCGAAGGUGGAACGAGCGAGGGGAGAAACUCACUCGCACGGAGUUUGUAUAUUGUCUGUUGAACACGGUGCAAGAGAGUAGAAGUGUACUUCUUCAGCGAGCAACAUGCGCGCGUUUAUAUUAGUAGCUUAAGAGGGUAAGCGGCGAUAAAAGCAAUCGUCAUUAUAUCUCGACCCAUUCUCGUAGCUGGAAUGAUCGGCAGCGAUGAAGACAGUAGGUGAAGAUCUGUUGAACGUGCUUGCCGGUUAAGCACGUCCGCGACAUUCGGCGAUCUGCUCGUUCUCCGAAGUGCUCGCGUCACGUACUCGAUGGUCGGUCGAUCGGUUGGUCGGACGGAUAAUAUCGUCGUAUUUAGUCAUCGUCAUCGUUCAUCCACGUCAUACGGGCGCUGUGCCCAGAAAGAAAGAGGUACCUACGAUUAUCGUGCGUGCAAACGUAAUCGAAUGUAUGUGUGUAUAUGCGUGCGCGCGCGUGUGUGUGUGUGUGUAUGCGUGCGCGCGUGUGUGAUCGUAGCGCGGCGAAAAUUCAUCGAAUGAUUUGUCACAGCGCGUUGUCGCUUCUCUCACGUAGCGAAGCGAGUGCUUUUCCGUUUUUCCGUUAUCAUCCAGUCGUUCCCACCCGUCCUCAUACCGUCCGAUUCAGUUCCAUUGUACCUUCGCAUCAGUUCAUGAGUCUCGACCACCGAGUGCUGGACACUCGACAAAUGAACGACGAGACGAGUUUCCCGCGGCGAUACGCGCGCGUUUCCCGGCUUCCUCCCCUUCCUUCUCCGCCCUGUUUUGUACACACACCUCACGUUUGAUAUCGUGCGAAUAAGGCUAGAGCAUAUGGAUAUGUGCGUGUGUGAGUGAGCACACACGACAUGUGCGUGAUAUCGUACGGCGAUGUUUAACGUAAGAGGCAAUUAUAUCGAUUUGUCGCAACGCCGGCAAAGAGACGGUCUCUCUCAAAUCGUCACUGCCGACGCUCGUCGAAGCCCCUUUUCUUCUUCCACCCCCCUCCGUCCCUGUUAUUCUCCUCGUUUGCGUGUUUGUUAUAAGCUCACGACUGUCCGCGAGACGCGUCGCAUUGUAACUUCUUUGAUAAAGACUGAAGAAUCCCGCAAUGACUUGGAUGAUAUCUCGACUACCACCUCUACUUACCUACUUAUCUGCCUACCUAUUAUCGAUCUAUCAACCUAUCUACCUACCUGUCUACCUACUUACCUACUGCGUCGUACGAUGACGAUGACCUAACGAGACCAAAAAUGAUAAUUCGUAAGAAUUCACACAGACCUAAGUUUGCGCUAGCUACAAAAGUGCAAUACUGUCGUACAAAGCCAAGUACCUUGUGUCGGUAGUCGUUGAUUUUAAGAUUCGACUCGAUUUUAUCUUUUUCACCCUAGCUAAACAUACUACUACUAUUAUACUCGGGAUUCUAACUCGAAAACUCGGAGCUAAUUACAUUCGCGGUAUACAUGGGCAUUAAACGUUAUUUCUCGGUGUACGGAGUAUGAUAAUAUUUCGGGAAAGAAAGCGAUAUAAGACUUUAUUAGGGCUACAAAAACUCUCUCUCCCCGCUGCGAACGAUCGUACGAGGGGAUUGUUGUUAUUGUUGUUGUAGUAGUUACACCGACAAAAGUGGGGAAGAGAAUUCAUCUUAGCACGAUCAGCGCGAAAGCUCAAGCGAAAUUUCCUCGCAGGAUCUCCCAAGGAUCGUCGCGCGGCUUGUGUGUCGGUCCUAUAUACAUAUAUAUAUAUAUAUAUAUAUAUAUAUAUACAUACAUAUAUAUAUAUAUAUAUAUAUAUAUAUAUAUAUACACAUACAUAUAUUUAUGUAAAUCGCGAGCGUCUCUUUCGCGAAGCGAAGCUCGAAUCAACUGUAUAUUCUGGAGCUGCAAAUAGAGUAUAAAGUAUCUCUCUUCCGUGUGUACAUAUCUUUGACAUUUUCCUAUGUCUGGGACAACUCACUCACCCCGAGCGAACUGUUAGCGGUAAAUGAGAAAGCGCGAGAAAGAAAGAGAGAGAGAGAAAGAGAGAUAAAAUAUUUUCGUGCUGUAAAACGGAACGCCAAUCCACGUUGUGGCUUUUCAUGUAAGGUACGCGCACAUACGAUGUGUUGCGACGAAAUUUAAGCGCCGCAUCGAACGCAUGUGAUUCCGUAGCGAGUUAGUUUGCUCUCGCGCUGCUCACUAAUUUCGCCCUCCUUUUCGAGCGCGAGGGCCGCUCGAUGCUUCAGACAUCAUCGUCGUCGUCGUCGUCGUCUUCGUCGUCGCAUCGUAUCAAGGCGAACGCCGAGAGAAUUCUCUCUGAAACGGUCUACUUCUCUAUAGUCUAUCCGGCCUGAACUGACCAAAGCCCCCAACGAUAACACUCCGCCCGAAUCGCCCGUAGCCUCCGACUCGUCAUCCCGACUUACUGCCAGCUGAGUGUGUUUUGAGAGAAAGAAAGAAAGAAAUACAGGACACGCCGCUCUCUUCGCUAAACCGGCAUAAGGUGAAAUCUCUGUAUACCGCCAGCAUGAUCGUUCAUGCACUGUUGUGCGCGCAUCCGGACGAAAUAAAUUCAAAGUGACAAAGUUAA